AUGUCUUCCAACAACACCAUGGCCAUGCCUGCCCACUUCGUUGAGGCUUUUCAGCCCAGCACCACCUCUUCUUUCAUCGAGGCUGUCAACAACACCCAGACGCGGAAUGAAGGAUUCUCCAGCGCCCCCGCCAACUACGCCACAAACUCGCACGUCGGCGAGCAACUCUCCGCGGCCCAUGCGCGUUUCCUCACCCGCUACAGUGCGGUCGUGAACCUGCUUGACAAUCUCGGCGACGACCAUGAGUAUCUUCACAACCAGUUUCAAGACCUCUCCGCCAACAUAGCUCACAUGGAUCUCGGUAAGGAGGUCCUCAAAGACAUCACAGAGCAACAAGCAGGUUCGCCUGCGUGGGUGCAUGAAAAUCUUGCGCAAGAGGGUUUUAAAAUGGAAGGGACUCUGCAAGACCUGUAUGAGGAACGCAAUGCUAUCAAGGAGAUGCUUGUGGCUGCUGAGCGCCAGAUAGAUCGCUGCACAGGGCAGCUCGCGAGGUUGGAGGAGUGGCAGAGAGGUCUGGAGGAGCUGAUUCGGGGGGUGAAUACUGAGGAGCCGGAUGCUGCGGAAGAGGUUGGGGAGCUGGUGGAGGCUUGCAGGCGUCUGAGGUUGUGA